AUGGCUGAAGAGGCUCAGAGCAACGUGACGGAGCUCGCUGAGCAGCUCGCUGAAGGCUUUGCUGCACUGAGUGGAGAAUACCAGGUUUUAUUCGAUCAGCAAAAACAGCUCGAAAGCAAGCUCUCCUGGGCUAAGCAACAGUAUCUUGACCUGCUGAAACGCUUCACACCCAAUACGUUGUCGCAAGACCACCUUAAUUUCCUGCAAGAUCUUGAGCGCGUUGGAGACGAACAACCUCGGAUACAUUUGAAUUUGGUGGAGCAGUUGGCACAUAGCGAUGAUGUAGAGCGCAAGAGCAGAGCACUGGUUAUCCAGAAGGCCGAGGAGGCUGCUGUCAAGCUGCAUGCUCCUGAGAAUGUUAGCAGUGUAAAAAUAUGGAGUGGUCCGUCCGCAGACAAACCCGCCUCGUUACCUGAGAUACAGACCAAUAGAGCCACAUCACCUAUAGAGAAAGACUUCACUGUUGCUGGAACACCUAGUAAACUCGCCUGUCCCUUCGCAUCCGGCAGUGGCAGAGGCAGCCCGCUUGCCACACCACGUAGCUCGACGUCUCGAUUAAGCGUACGUGGUCGGAGAUCAAAACGCCCCUCGUUCACCGACCCUAUCCGCGCCGAAAUAUGCAGCAACAAUCCUGCUUCUGUAACUGCCUCGGUAGCGGCAUCUGGCUCCGCUGCCGUCUGUCCUAUACGAUUCCUCGACCAACAUAAUCCGGAAGAGGUGGCUAAAUACUUUGAGAAACACAAGCAUGAGCUACCCAGAAGCCAUGAGGUCUGCAUCACGCGCUUCCAGAGUAAUCAAGAGAGCAUAGAGCAGCUAGAUCGCAAGUAUGGCAAUCUGGUCAAUAUGAUCCAGGGCUUGGGGCAGAAGCACCAGGUGUGGCUUCCUGAAGAUCCUGACGACGCCAUCGAAGAAGAGCCGGAGGCAGAGCUUCACUUGAGCACCGACGCAAAGGCUGACACCAAGGUUCAAAACUGGGCAUCUGCUGUUUCGGCAAGUCUCCACGACGGUACCCCGCCGCCUGAGGAAGAGUCAGAAGAACACGCGCUGGACGAGACAAGGACCGCACACUUUGACCGGCCGCUAAAAGAAGUUAGGGUUGGCGAAUCACCAAGUCGGCCCUGGGGCAUCUCGAUUCCUGCAAAAUACACCAACGCAGAGAGCUCGUCCUCGGUGGGCUCUGUACCAACAGCGUCCCCGCAACUACCCCUUGAUACUGGUCGUCCGAUUGGCGAGACGCCUCAAAAGACUGGCAAAUGCCCUAUCGAUCACCGUGCGAUGAUGGGACAAACACCUCAACAUCCUGAUGCGCCACAGUUUGGUUUACCGCCGCAACCUCGGGCUCCAACCACACAUGUACCACCCACAGAACGUCCCCCACAGCCUCCCGCUCCAGAACAACCCCCGAGAGAGCCCGAGGGCCCGAAGUUGGUACCGCAGAUGGUGUUCAAUGGACCUGUCUUUCUGGGCUACCCGCCCGAACAGUUGGCUAUACUAUUGCAGAACAGUAACCUUGGCGCGGCAAUGCGGUAG